AUGCUCAAAGCCGCCAUCAUCCCUCGCGGUGGUAGCGAGUGGCGCCCAUCCCAGAAGGAUGAGUUGGAGUUUGGCGUCUCCGCGCGUGGCCAGCAUCAGGAAUUCUUGGUCGGGCUGACGGCCGACGAAGAGCAACAAUGUCGCCUCCCAGGCUUUGUGCGUUAUGCCAAUUUUCGCUUCAGGCUACACCGUCAGUUCGAACAGAUCCCCGAGACCGACUUUGGCGGACCGGACAUCUGGUUCCACGUUCUGAGAAUCACAAGAUUUUUCAAUGCGACGACGAGGGGUACCGGAGGAAUCAACAAUUGGAUGGUUAUGUAUGUGUCUUUGACUCUUGAUUUGAGCGCCGAAGAGCGACAGGGUCACCAGUCUCUCGAAGAUGUGGGCUCUCCCAACAUUGACAGUCUCAUGGGCGGUGCAUUUGAACCAUAUCGCAACUCACUGUGCGUCCAGCAUUACCACAGCCACGCCGUAUUAGUCAGAGUCAGGCUGAGCAAGAAUUCUACUUGA